GCGCCCCCGGCUCGCGUCGGCCCGGCCGUACGCCAAAAUGGCGGCUCCCGCGUAUUUCCGCUAGCGCGCCGUAUGGUUUUUGCCGCCUGCCGCGCGCCCCGAUUGGCCCCCGCGGCGUCCCGUCGCCGCGUCGCGCUGCGGGCCCGUCGGAGCGACGCUGCUUGGGUCAGUCAGCGGCCGGACUGGGAAGAUGGACGCAGGUUGGCCCCUAGCUUGGCCUCUCACCCUCGUGUCAGCUGUUAGACACUCAAUGGCUCAGAAUAUGAAAGGCUCAGGAAGUAGCAUGCUGGCCCCACCUCCCUGUCCCCGUACAUUAGCGGAGCAACUGCCCAGCAGGGCCUUCUGCACUUUCCCAAGAGUUUACUCCAUCCAUGCUACUCUGACCUACGACACUCUCCGGUUUGCUGAGUGUGAAGAUUUUCCGGAGACCUCAGAGCCCGUUUGGAUACUGGGUAGAAAAUACAGCAUUUUCACAGAAAAGGACGAGAUCUUGUCUGAUGUGGCAUCUAGACUUUGGUUUACAUACAGGAAAAACUUUCCAGCCAUUGGGGGGACAGGCCCCACCUCGGACACAGGCUGGGGCUGCAUGCUGCGGUGUGGACAGAUGAUCUUUGCCCAAGCCCUGGUGUGCCGGCACCUAGGCCGAGAUUGGAGGUGGACACAAAGGAAGAGGCAGCCAGACAGCUACUUCAGCGUCCUCAACGCGUUCAUCGACAGGAAAGACAGUUACUACUCCAUUCACCAGAUAGACCCUGGGCCUUGCCCUUCCUGCUGUCCAUGCGGCUUGCAGUGCCUGGUGCUCGGCACAGCCUGGGGAAGUUGGCCUCACCCCAUCAGUGAAUGUGAAUGCUCAGACUGGCAUGGAGCGAGUAAAGAGGAGCUGGCCUUUCUUGCAGCGCAAAUGGGAGUUGGCGAAGGCAAGUCCAUAGGCCAGUGGUACGGGCCGAACACUGUCGCCCAGGUCCUCAAGAAGCUUGCUGUCUUCGACACGUGGAGCUCCUUGGCAGUCCACAUAGCAAUGGACAACACUGUUGUGAUGGAGGAAAUCAGAAGGUUGUGCAGGACCAGCGUUCCCUGUGCAGGAGCCACUGCGUUUCCUGCAGAUUCCGACCGGCACUGCAACGGAUUCCCUGCCGGGGCUGAGGUCACCAACAGGCUGUCGCCGUGGAGACCCCUGGUGCUUCUCAUUCCCCUGCGCCUGGGACUCACGGACAUCAACGAGGCCUACGUGGAGACGCUGAAGCACUGCUUCAUGAUGCCCCAGUCCCUGGGCGUCAUCGGAGGGAAGCCCAACAGCGCCCACUACUUCAUCGGCUAUGUUGGUGAGGAGCUCAUCUACCUGGACCCCCACACCACGCAGCCGGCUGUGGAGCCCACUGGCAGCUGCUUCAUCCCGGACGAGAGCUUCCACUGCCAGCACCCGCCGUGCCGUAUGAGCAUCGCGGAGCUCGACCCGUCCAUUGCUGUGGGGUUUUUCUGUAAGACUGAAGACGACUUCAAUGACUGGUGCCAGCAAGUCAAAAAGCUGUCCCUGCUCGGAGGCGCCCUGCCCAUGUUUGAGCUGGUGGAGCAGCAGCCUUCACACCUGGCCUGCCCCGAUGUCCUGAACCUGUCCCUAGAUUCUUCUGAUGUAGAACGACUGGAAAGAUUCUUCGACUCAGAAGAUGAAGACUUUGAAAUCCUGUCCCUUUGAAAAUCCUGGGGUCGGGGGUGGCACCUGUGAGAGCCGGGGCUCCUGGUGCCACUGCAUUUCAUCCAUCCCGCCCGCUCGCCUGCCGAGGGCCGUGCCCCGUGCUGCCUCCCCCCAGAGGGCCACCCGCUCUGCUCGUGGACUGAGGCUGCACUGCCCGGGAGGCCUUACUGCUUGGUGUCCGACUGCCCAGCUCAGUGUGCCCAUCAGGGCCUGUGCAUCUGCACACGGAGCCGUCUGUCAGGAGCUUCCAGAGCGUUCUCUCGACACUGCCAGCCCCGCGUUAGCGCCUGGGCCUCAGUCCCACUUGCUCCCAGGCGCCAGUUCUGUGGUUGGUUUGGAAUUAAAGUCCUGUUUGAAGUUGUCAGACACAGACAUGAAUUUCUGGGGCGCUUCCUGAGUCAGUCUCAGAAGACCUGUGCAGGCUGGCGUGAGAGGAGCAACAGCCACGCUGUGGCCCCACGCCCAAGGACUGGGCUGCUGUCGAGGGGGGCGCGCCCAUGGCUGUGUCCUCUGCCCAGCCUGGCUUACCAAGGGCUACCUCAGUGGGAGAUGAGGUUGGAGGAACAAAGGCAAAGGUUGCUUUGGGGAGAAGUAUUCAGGAAGUGGGUGUGUGGGAAACCUGAAGAUGGCGUGCACAGGACACAGUGUGGGCAGAAGGGCGGCUGGCUGUCCUGGGGCUGCUGCUAGAGUGCCUGUCCUCAGAGUGUCCCUUUCCAGGGCUGUGGCAUUCUGUGGUGGCUUCCCCAGGUGUGGUGAGGGGUGGGGUGGGGCCUCCACCUGUGACAGGCGGGCUCGAGGGUGGACAGUGUGCCUCUCCCAGGAGCCUUCCCUGUGUCUUUGCCUUGCUGAGAAUUGCCCUCCUGUGUCACUGAGGUGUUAGUUUAGGGCCAAAGGUGAAAACCACCCGAGCCUUGUGGUGUGUGAUGGGCAGACACCACAGGGUGGCAUCACCUGGUGGCAUUUCCGGAACCUCAGCCCUGAUUACAGAACCCACCACCGCCUGACCCUGUGUAACCUGCUGUCCUGGAGUGCACUCUGCCCUGCUGCCGUGCUGCCUGUCCUGGGGAAGUGGCUUUGCCCCACUAGGGAAUGUAAACAGGAGGGCUUGGGGAGCGUGGGCACGGCGAGCAUGGGCACCUUUCUCAUAAGCACCUACUGUGGCGUUGUCAGGACUCGCUGCUGCUGCUGCUGCUUGUAUAGGUGUGGGGACCGGAGAUCCCUCAGGACACGCACUGCCCGCUCUGCACUGACUGGCCCACCUGGGUAGCAGAGGACACCGUCCCCAGUCCCCCCCUCCCCCAGACAUAGUUUAUUUCCUCGUAUCCUUUCUCCCUUGGGUGUAGUUGGGGUGGGGAAGGAGGGAAGGCUGGGGCAAUUUUCAUUCCUUGGGCUCUGCGUCCGAGUCCAUGGUGCGCCACUGUGCUGGGAUCUGGUGGGGGCCUGCUGUAGUGGGAGUGUGGAACACCUUGACCAAAGGGGAGCUUUUUCUUGUGUGUUUUGAAAAAGGCUUAAUGAAGAGAAUGUUGUUCAUUCUUAGUAGUAUAGUUUGCAAUUCUUAAUGGCAAAUAAUAAGUUUCAGUAGAAAACAAA